UCACCCUUUGCGCUCCGCUUCCCUCCAGCACACCCCACUUCUGCACCCCUCCACCACCACCCAGCCCUUUUCACCUCCACACCAUGGCUCCUACCACGGGCGAGCACGUCCGCGAGAUCAGCGAGAACCCGUCGAAGAACGCGGUCACGUCGCCCACCGACCCUCGGGUCAAGGCGACCGACACUGACCGCAAGAUCAAGAUGCUCGGCGUCGUCAACGCGUUCCGCGAGGGCAAGCUCCCGGCCAACGACCAGUGCGUCUCUGCGCUCGACUACGCCAUCGACCACUCGCCGAUCGACGAGCGCAAGCUGUCCAAGGACGGCCAGACCCUCGUCGAGGACACUCGCGAUGUCAUCCGUGUCCUUCGCGAGAUUGUCGUCGAGAAGAACGACGACGAGCUCCUCCAGAACUUCUUCUACCACACCAAGAAGACCAACACGCCCAACGUCAACGACCUGAAGAACGUCUCGACCGGCACCGACAAGGGCGAGAUGCAGCAGGACGGCGACCAGGCGGUCGAGCACCUCCGCACCCUCGGCAAGCUCAUCUUCACCAACUCGGAGGCGCGCAAGCAGGUCAAGAACAAGCUUCUCGCCAAGAUCCCGGACGAGCACAAGGACCGCGCUCGCGAGCAGAAGGAGAAGGCCAAGGACUACCUCAAGGACAAGUUCCCCGAGGAGCGUCGCGACCGCUUCAUCUACCGCCUCAAGAAGGUCGUCGUCGAGAACCAGCGCCACAAGGACUACCAGGAGGCGAUCGACUUCUUCCUCGACCGCGCCGAGCACUACCAGGUCCAGGCCAAGGAGGCCGGCAAGCAGGGCGGCGGCAACGCGGCCUCGAUCCGCCACGACGACAACUUCAAGCAGGCGACGUACGAGCUGCGCACCCUCCUCGAGCGCUUCGCCAACGGCGCCUCGAUGCAGCCCAUCUGGGACUCGGUCGACCAGAUCUACACCGACUCGCAGAACGACGGCGAGCUCCGUGGCUGGUUCCGCGAGCUCAACCAGUACGUGCGCCAGUGCCUCCAGGAGCCCGGCUACAUCAUGAAGGACGAGGCCGACCGCCGUGGCCGCGAGCUGCUCGACUCGGGCAAGCGCUACUGGGACCCAAAGAACGGCAAGUACGCGUCGCACAAGGACCGCUUCUUCAACGAGGUGCAGAGCUUCUUCACGUCGUACGCCGACGACGGCCUCAACCAGCGCCUCGGCGAGUCGGUCAAGACGCUCGUCACCGACCUGUUCCUCAACUCGGAGGGCAACCCGACCUACAAGCCGCACCUGUGGCGCGACAUCCGCUCGGUCAUCCUCCCGGCCCUGUUCACCCAGAUCGGCUACGUCCCGGUGCCGCGCGCCGAGUACACGUCCAAGGACGUCGACCUCGUCAUCGAGAACCUGACGCUCGAGACGGCAAACAUCCUCCCCAACAUCUUCGAGAUCGAGGCCCGCAACUACUUCCGCUUGUCCCCGUACGAUAACCUUGGAGACGUCUCGAAGCACGCGUUUUGGGUUUCUUUCGAGCAAGUGCAACUCGACCUCAAGGACGUGGCCUUCUACAUCAAGAAGAAGACGGGCUUCCCCAAGCUCACCGACUCGGGCUACGCCGACGUCUUCCUCGGCGGCAAGGGCCUGUCGGGCAAGGUCCACAUCGAGUCGACCGGCCGCAAGCACCACGCGUUCAAGGUCGUCGAGGUCAAGAUCAAGAUCGACAAGCUCAAGUUUGCUGUGCGCGAGGCCAAGCACUCGACGCUUAUCAACAUGCUGCGCCCGCUCGCGACCGGCCUCAUCAAGUCGGCCGUCACCAAGGCGCUCGAGGCGGCCAUCCGCACCGGCCUCGAGCAGGUCGACGCCCAGCUGUCCGACAUUGCCGAGCGCCUCGAGGACGCCAAGAACCAGGAGGGCACCAACAAGAUUGACGCGCUCAAGCAGUCGUUCGCCGACAAGAAGGCCGAGGCGCAGCGCAAGAAGGACAAGGCCCAGGACGCGGCUCCCGACGGCCAGUUCUCGCUCACGCUCGACCCGAAGGACAAGCUCGUCAACUGGUCGGCGCCCGACUCGACGCUCGACAAGGUGCAGGAGAAGCAGAAGCAGGCCCGCACCGGCUCGGACGACUGGCGCUCGCCGGCGUUCACCAUCGUCGGCCACGGCGCGUCCAAGGCCGGUCACGGCCACACGUCGGGCUCGGCCGGCACGCCCGCUCACACCGUCUGAGCGCGCACGCUCUCGCCCUCUCGCGCCUCGGUUUCGAUGACUACCCCCUCCCCGUCAGUACUACCCAUGCGUGCCCUGUACCCCCUCAGCGUAGCUCUCUGUACAUAGCCUGAACUCGAGACAUAAUUCGCUCAUC